UCAAACCUUUUUACUGAUGUGUACUACGAUAAGCCUAAACAGGUGAAAAGUUUUGCGCUUGGUUAUCACGCUCUUGGUCUGACAGCAUACUUGAGACACUUAACUCAUGAACAACUAGGCACUAUUUCCCACAUCUUCUUAAAUAUCGUAUUGACAGCAGCUUCAACGGUACUUAAUAUGAGAUUUCUUUUAUCGCAAGGAUCUCUCAAUCACAUAGCACCCCUAUGGCACGCAUUGGUUCAAUCCACAUGCGGUGUUGAAGCGUCGACACUAGUAUAGUGUGUGUUUAGAUGAAGAUGCUUUCAGGUGCGCAGAGCAAGCCAACAGCAGAGGACAACAAAAAGCAAUCUAUAUAGCAUAUUUGCGGCAUCCUCGUAUAGAUGUUAUAACCAAUGGUUGGAAGAUGGCCUCUCACACCUUCAGAUGUGUGUCCUCAGAUGAAUUUCUAAAUAGCUGAAGAAUGUUAACUCAAUUAUCAGUAUGGCCAGAAAUAAUUUAACUUAUAAACGGCAAGGCAAUACUUAGAAAAGCCUAUCGGUAAACUGCGAUAUCACAGAAAACAUAAAUCCUACUCAAUAAAUGCUCAUAAAUCAUCAAUUAAUUCACGUCUGACCAAAAACUUCAUUCUGACCGUGAUUUAUUUUGACCUUGUCCUCUAAUGAGAGCCAUAUUUGCAUACCGUUACACGCCACCAUGAGUCAACCCAAUGUUACAGUUUUCUCAGCAAAUUUCUCUGGUGGCUCAGAAUCGGGAAAUUUAUAUCGACCAUUUUCUGUGUUCAGCGUUCUCACUCUUACUUUGCUGGCCAUGCUAGUAGUAGCCACCUUUGUCUGGAACCUUCUGGUACUGGUGACCAUACUGAGGGUGCGCACGUUCCAUCGCGUUCCCCACAAUCUGGUUGCUUCCAUGGCCAUCUCGGACGUGAUGGUCGCAGGACUGGUUAUGCCCCUCAGUCUGGUUAGGGAGCUCUACGGUCGGCGCUGGAUUCUGGGACGGGCCCUGUGUCAGGUCUGGAUCUCCUGCGAUGUGCUCUGUUGCACGGCCAGCAUCUGGAACGUGACAGCCAUCGCUCUAGAUCGCUACUGGUCCAUCACACGUCACCUGGAAUACACGCUCAAGACGCGCAAAAGAAUCUCCAAUGUGAUGAUCGGCCUCACGUGGCUACUGUCCUCUGUCAUCUCGCUUUCUCCGCUGUUCGGUUGGGGUGAGACUUACUCAGAGGAGAGCCUGGCUUGUCAAGUAAGCCAGGAGCCCUCCUACACAGUCUUCUCUACAUUUGGCUUUUACCUUCCCCUUUGUGUGGUUCUUUUUGUUUAUUGGAAGAUCUACAAGGCUGCCAAAUUCCGCAUUGGUUCCCGCAAGACCAACACCAUCACACCCAUGGCUGAGGUUAUAGAGGUAAAGGAGGCCGAACGGCAGCCGCAGAUGGCCUUCACCGUUCGCCAUGCCACAGUGUCAUUCCAAACAGACGGUGAAACGUGGCGAGAACAGAAAGAAAAGAGAGCGGCUCUGAUGGUGGGCAUUCUGAUUGGUGUAUUCGUUCUCUGCUGGAUUCCCUUUUUCCUGGCAGAGCUCAUCAUUCCAUUGUGUUCUUGCGACAUCCCUCCCGUAUGGAAAAGUGUCUUCCUUUGGCUGGGCUACUCAAACUCCUUCUUCAACCCUCUCAUAUACACUGCCUUCAAUAAGAACUACAACAAUGCUUUUAGAAACCUUUUCACAAGACAACGAUGAGAAAUGAAAAGAAGAAAGAUUGACUGAAAAACUAGAGCUCAAGAAUGUCAAAAGACAUCUCGGUUCAGAGAACAUCCCGGUUUGUGAAUGUACAAAAGCAAGUGCAUGAAUGAGUUGGUUUUAACUCUGGUUCGGAGAGGAAGGGGGCAAAUGAAGUAGAGAAACUGACUUCUCCAAUUAUCACAUCCUCUUUUGCUGAUAAUAGUGAGUAAAAAAAUCUAUUAAUGGCUGCUUAUGAUGUCAUCAUGAAAAGGUGGCGCCAUCUGCUAAAGCAGAAGACUUAAAAGGUCUGCUGAAAGUUUGUUCUUUGUCUUGAGCUAAAACGACUCUACAGUACUUCAGCUGCCCAUAUACUCCUCAACACUUAUGGACUCUUGAGAUAAGACUAUAGCUGUUUUCUACUGUUCUAAAUGGGUGAAAGAUUUCGGAGAAUACCAAUUGAUAUAAAUGUUUAAAGUCUGAGUCAUGCCGUAAUUUACAUCCGUCCAUCUUUACUAUUGGCUAACAAGAAAUUUUACAUAGGCACUUACAGACUCCACUGCAUUUUCUUGAAUUGAAUUAAUUAUUUUUUUCUUAUGAAGAAAUGCACGGUGUAAUUAGAUGAACAAGGAAAUGGCAAAAUGAAUGGAAAUGGAACAGACAUCCUGUGAAUCAGAAAUACAAAAAGGAACGACCACAUGAAUCACAUGAGAAUGUUGUUGCAGUAUCUUCUUUCAUAAAUGCUUUUGUUUCAUAAAUGCCAGGCAGAACAUCUUAGCAUUUAUGUACAGUCUCUAUUAUAAAUGGAUAUUAAAGACAAUAAAAUUGAACCAUGCAUAUCAAGGUUAUUAAAUAUUAAAAAAUUGCUGCUCUGUAGCCUUUAAUAUUCACUGUUUUGUAUACCAUAUUGGUAGCAGAUUAUUUUACAGUACGUAUACUUACCUGUUGUAAAUAU